UAAAAAGUAUUAUUAUUUCUUGAGUAGAACACACGGAACCAUCUAAAUUGAAAAUGGAUGCAUUUUUAGGCAGUUGGAAAAUGGUUGAUAGUGUCAAUUUCGAUAAAUAUUUGGAUGCACUAGGUCUUCCCGAUGUAAUGAAAAGAUAUGGAAUUAACGUGAAAGUACUGUACGCAUUCUCACAAGAUGAAGAAUAUAUAAACAUAAAAGUUAAAAUGUAUGAGGACACCAACAGAACCUUCACUGUCUCAUUCAAACUGGGACAGGAAUUCGACGAAACUACCAUAGACUUCAGAGCCUGCAGGACUGUUUUUAACCUGGAAGGAGGCAAACUUAUAGAGGUGCAGAAGUGGGAAGGUAACGAGGGGACGACGACCUACGAGAUCCAGGAUGGGAAAAUGAUUAUGACUUUAUUUCUUGGCGAUGUCGUAUCUGUUCGUACUUUCGAGAAGGCCUAAAUACCUGCCAAAAGGAGAUUGUACUCAUCCAUGCGCCCAAGCCUAGCUGAAUAAAAAAAGAAUUUUAUGAAUUAUACAUUUAUUUUACAAUUUAUAAAAAGCCGUAAAAAACGAAAUUUAAUAAAGUAAAUUAAUUUUAAAAAUAAAUAAAUAAUAUGCCUAUACAGUCUGUUUUACACUGAUUUACAAUGACACAACACACAAGAAAACAUUAUACAAAUGU